GUUACAUUUUACCUGAGCUGACCUGAGCUAUUGUUAAUGUUAGUAGCUUUCGUUGAAUAUACGCUUUCGUGUGUUAUUUAUUAAUUGAUGCGUUAAAGAAAGAACAAAGAACGUUUGGUUCCCAUAACUAUUCAAUCAAUAAAACGCAUUAAAAUGUAUGUUAAAGUAAGGACGAUUGAUGGUAAACAGGAGGCGAUAUUGACUAUUUCUAAAUUAACGGAGGUGGAAGAUCUAAAGCGUGAAAUUGAAGAAGAAUUAAAUGUAACAGUUGAUUCACAAAGAUUAUUUUUCCGUGGAAAACAAUUAGAAAAUGGUUAUAAGCUUUAUGAUUAUAAUGUUAACUUAAAUGAUGUAAUUCAGUUAAUGGUGAAAGCAAAUACUGAUGAUAUAGAAAGUAAACCUACCUCUAGCAGUAGUAGUACCACAACUAGUACUAGCUCUAAUUCUAAAGAAAGUAUAGAUAAUUCUAACGAAGAUGAAGGGCUCAUUGAGGCUGAGAGUUUGUAUUAUAAAGUUGGAGAUGCUGUGGAUUGUCUUGAUCAGACUUAUGGGGCUUGGUUUGAAGCAACGAUACUAAAAAUUUUUAAAAAAGAAGACAAUAUUAUAUACCAUAUUCAAUGGGAAUUUGACGACAAAGCUCCAUCUUUUAAUGUACCUGAAUUAUCUGUAAGGCCACGUGCUAGGCAUCUUAUACAAAUUGAUGCAUUAAAAAUAGGUCAGAAAGUGAUGAUUAAUCAUAAUGUUGAUGAUCCCAAAGAGACAGGAUUAUGGUAUGACUUUACAAUAUCAAAAGUAGAGAAGAAUAAAAGAGCACAAAAACUUACUGGGACAUUGCACAUUGGAAGGGAUCAACCUCUUGAGAAUCGCAAAGUAAAUCCAAAAGGUGAGAUUUUUGUCAUAGAAGAGCCAAAGCUUCUUAAAGAAAGAACCCCCGAAGAUGAGCAACAAAUGAUCAGUAACGGUAAACGAAGACGCGUACAAGCUACUUGUAAUGCAUGUUUGGAUAAUCCUCGCAAAAAAGAGGACGAACACAAUCUUCUAUUGUGCGACGAAUGUAAUUCUGCGUAUCAUCUACGUUGUUUGAAUCCUCCGUUAACGUCAAUACCGGAAGAAGAUUAUUGGUACUGUCCAGAAUGUAAAAACGAUGAAAAUGAAAUAGUGAAGGCAGGUGACAAAUUGAAGCAGACGAAAAAGAAAAAAACUGAAAAUAGCAGUAGUAAACGAGACUGGGGCAAGGGAAUGGCGUGUGUCGGAAGGACCAAAGAAUGUAGCAUUGUUCCACCUAAUCAUCGGGGCCCCAUUCCGGGGGUAGAAGUUGGAAUGUGCUGGAUGUAUAGAGUACAGGUGUCUGAAGUUGGAGUGCACAGACCACACAUAGCUGGCAUUCAUGGACGAGAAACAGACUGUGCGUAUUCUAUUGUGUUGUCCGGUGGAUACGAGGAUGACAUAGACAACGGUGAUGAAUUCAUGUAUACUGGCUCUGGAGGAAGGGAUCUGUCAGGAAACAAGAGAACGGCCGAACAGAGUUGUGAUCAGACAUUGACUAGAAUGAAUAAAGCAUUAGCGGUAAAUUGCAAUGCUAAAUUGAAUGCAACAGUUGGCGCUACAGCUGAAGAAUGGAGGGGCGGGAUACCUGUAAGAGUGGUCAGAAAUUUCAAGCUCGCUAAACAUAGUAAAUACGCGCCUGAAGAAGGCAAUAGGUAUGAUGGUACUUACAAGGUGGUAAAGUAUUAUCCAGAUACAGGUAAAAGUGGUUUUCGUGUGUGGAGAUACCUAUUGAGAAGGGAUGACCCAGCACCCGCGCCAUGGACUAAAGAGGGUAAAGCACGAAUAUCUGCGCUUGGUUUCAAACCAAUGUAUCCAGACGGAUACUUAGAAGCAAUGGCGAAGAAUAAGACAGGUAAGAAACGGACUGAGAUAACGGAGGGAGAAGAAAAUUCUAAUGCUGGGAGGAAGCAAGAACCUCCGAAGAAAAAGCAGAAGCGUGAAGUUUAUGAAAUCGAAAGUAAAGUUGCUAAACUUAUGGAAGAAGAUCCAGAAAAUACAAAAUUGUGGGACGAAUGUCGCUCAGUUUUAUCAAAUGGAAAAGCUGCAUUUUUGCAAAAAGUGACAGAACGAUUUACAUGUCCCUGCUGUUUGGAACUGGUUUUCGAUCCAGUAACGACGCCCUGUACACAUAAUAUUUGUCGCAAUUGUUUACAACGAAGUUUUUCGUCUGGUGUACUUUAUUGUCCAUCAUGCCGUCAUGUAUUAGACAAAAAUUAUAAGAUGGAAGUUAAUCAGUCUUUAUCUUCUGCCCUGCUAUUGCUUUACCCAGGCUACGAGGGUGGCAGAUAACGUUAAUUUCUUAUAAAACAAUUAUCAUUGAUACACGAAUCAAUAUGCGCUUACACUGAAUUAAAUGUUUCUAAGUACAAUUUACAUUUUCAUGAUAAAAUAUACUGGA